AUGUUAUCACGCUCGUCAUCACACUUUUCAUCACAAAGUUGGAGAAAAUCAACAGACCAAUUACCUUCUUCAUCUAUUUCUCCACCAGUAGAAAUAGAUAUUCCAGGAGAAGUUCAUUUUGAAGAUGUAUUCGAAAAACUUAUGGAAUCAUUUGCUAAACAAUACUGUAUGCCUUAUUUGUCUGUUGAUAAAAUUACCAAUUCAAAAGAAGUUAAUUCAUCAGUAGAAAUAAAAAAAUUACUCAGUAACAAAAUAGGAUUACAGUCUGUUGUUACUUGUUUAGAACAUGAAUUUACUUUAGUUAUUCCACAUAGAACUUUGACACUAACUCCAGAAUUUCUUUUAACUCAUAUGAUAAAAAAACACCCAAAUGAUAAUAACUUUGUUACGUUAAAUGGACUGUAUGGAAAAAUUACUGAUGGUAAUAUUGCUUUAUAUGCGAAUCAAAAACCAUUAAAUCCAUGGAAGACAAUGCCAGAUAUUUUUUAUGCUUUCCCAAAACAUUUUUAUGAUAAUUUAGAAAGUGAUGAAAUCUUAUUACGAAGAUCAAAAGAAAUUUCAAUAAUUGCAAAUGAUUCAUUACAAUCUCCUUUUGGAGAAAUGCCAAUUCUUUUUAUAGAAACACCUUUAAUUUUUGAUGGUUGUUCUUGGGGAUGGGUAGGUGAUGGUCUCCAACCUGGAUUUUUAUGGAUGGAAUGUCCUAGUAUAAAACCAAGGACACUCGAUAGUAUUUCUAAAAAUGAAAUAGAGACUGAUAGUAUUGAACCAAAAUGGUUUAUUCCUCCAUCAGAACCAGAAGAACAUAGUGGAAACUUAUUUUUAGAACGACUUUCUAAUCAAAAAUCAUCGGUAAUCAGAAAUUCAUUUGAAACAGCAUUUAAACAAUUUUCAAAUAUAUCUUCUACACUAAGACUAAAUGAAAAGGCAGUAUUUCUUAAACAAUUAAUCAAUGGAGCAAGAGGUAAAAUACAAAAGCAUGAACUGUGGAAAACUGAUUUUAAAAUUUAUGAACAAAAUAUAGUUAACUGUAUUGAAACAAUUUUUACAUGUUCAUUAUUUGAAUCUCUUUGGCCUCCAAGCUAUGAAGAUAAUCCAAAAGAAGAGACUCCUAUUGAGUGUCGUGAAAAAGAUAAAAAAUUAGAAGACUUUAUUUUAAUGAGACAAUUUAUUCAAGUAGAAAAUAUUGGGCUAGGAUUUUUGAAAAAAGAUGAACAAAGUAUAUUAAAAGAAUGUGGGGCAUUAAUUAGAAAUGUUAAUAUGAAACGGUCACCAAUAGAGAAAGCAAAAAUACUAAGAGACGUAUAUUGUGUUAUUGAAAAUAUUGUGAGGCAAUUAAUAAAAUUGAAUGAUAAUGAAAUUGUAACAAAAACACUUGCUUAUAUUUUACUAAAAGAAAACAUUCAAUUUAUCCCGACAAACAUUUGUUUUAUAAAAUUAUUUCAUAUGAACUCUACAGAUUGGAUUAUUGAUAUUGUAGAAAAAUAUGAUCGUGCAGUUUUAUUUUUACUAACACUAGGACAAGAAAAAGUUCUUCUUCCAAAAGAAGACUAUAAUCUAUUAUUUUCUAAAGCUAAAAGAAAAGCACAAAAUCCUUUAAAUCUAUCUGAUUACUAUUCAGAAACUCCUAUUCAUUUCGAUAAGAAGAAAAUAAUUUCUAAGUUAACAGAAAUGAAACCUGAAGAUUUGACUGAUGAAGAUUUAGAUAUUUUAUUAAAAGAAUUUAAAAUAGCAAUGAAAGAAAAUAGAGAAUUGCAUAGUAAGUUAGAUGAUUUAAAAAAGAAACAACAAAAAGAAUUAAAUUAA